ACUUUUGGGUUGUUGAAACUUGAAGGCCAAAUCCAACUGUGUUUUUCUCAACCCAAACCCGAUUGGGUUACCCAAAUUCAGAACUCUCAACCCGAAUAAAGAAGCCUUUGAGCCUUCGUUUUUCUUCUUCCGCCGAACCCCCGAACGCCUCAUCACUCCCUCUUCUUCUUCAUCUUAUUCUUCUUCUUCCUCUGCUCUCUCUGUCUGCGGGUGUGAAGUGAAAAAUGUCCCUUGGCAAUCUCUUCCUCCGGUGUCUCUCUAAGCAUAAGACGACGUAUCUCUUUCCCCCAAUACCCACUUCCCUCUCCUCCCAUUUGCACCAGCACCAUUACCAAUACCAUCACCCACAUUUCACUCAGUGUCUCACUCUCUCUAAGACCUUCUCUUCUUCUUCUUCAGCUUCCAGUAGCACCUCCUCAUCCACGCCACAAGAACCAGAUUCCAUUUCGCUCACGCUCUCCUCGGAGCUUUUGAAAGACCCAAACUCAGACCCACUCCCAAUCUCCCAAAGGCUCCACCUUUGCUUCUCCCACAUUAACCCGACCCCUUCUCUCGUUCUCUCCACCCUCAAUCUCUCCCCCGACGCCGGCCGUACGGUCCUGGGGUUUAACCACUGGCUCAUCUCCAACCCUAGUUUCACCCACUCCGACGAAACGCUGUCGUAUUUCGUAGAUUACUUCGGUCGCCGGAAGGAUUUCAAGGCCACCCAGCAGGUCCUCGCCGAUGUGGUCGGAGUCGCUGGGCCUAAAACCCUAGAGUCCGCCGUCGACAGGCUUGUCCGAGCCGGGAGGCCGACUGAUGCGGUGUCGUUUUUCGAGAGGAUGGAGAGGGAGUACGGGCUCAAGCGGGACCGAGAGUCGCUCAGAGUGGUUGUUGAGAAGCUCUGCGCGAAUGGGUAUGCGAGUCACGCCGAGAGAAUGUUGAAGAAGCUGGCGAACGAGUUCUUUCCCGACGAGGGGAUUUGCGACUUGCUGGUGAAAGGUUGGUGCGUGGAUGGGAAGCUCGACGAUGCCAAGAGAUUGGCGGAGGAGAUGUAUAGGGGAGGGUUUGAGAUUGGGACGGUGGCGUACAAUGCAAUUCUGGAUUGUGUCUGUAAGCUUUGUAGGGAGAAGGAGCCGUUCCGGCUUCAUUCGGAGGCUGAGAAUGUGUUGGUCCAAAUGGAUGUUCGUGGGGUUCCAAGAAACGUGGACACUUUCAACGUGUUGAUCACUAAUUUGUGUAAGAUUAGGAAGACCCAGGACGCGAUGAACUUGUUCUAUAGGAUGGGAGAGUGGGGUUGUUAUCCGGAUGAGACUACGUUUCUUGUUUUGAUUAGGAGUUUGUAUCAGGCGGCUAGGGUGGGAGAAGGGGAUGAAAUGAUUGAUAGAAUGAGGUCUGCUGGCCACGGUAGCAAGCUUGAUAAGAAGGCGUAUUAUGGGUUCUUGAAGAUUUUGUGUGGGAUUGAGAGAGUUGAUCAUGCUUUGAGUGUGUUUAAGAAGAUGAAGGAGGACGGGUGUGAGCCAGGGAUCAAGACUUAUGAUUUGUUGAUGGAGAAGUUGUGUGCUCAUAAUCGGCUUGAUAGGGCAAAUGUGCUGUUUAAUGAGGGGAGGAAGAGAGGGGUGCCUGUGGAGCUCAAAGCAUAUGUGGUGGAUCCGAGAUAUGUGAAGAAGAAGGUGAAGGUUGUGAAGAGUGAGAAGAAGAGGGAGACAUUGCCGGAGAAGAUGGCAAGGAAGAGGAGCCGACUUAAGCAGAUUAGAUUGAGUUUUGUUAAGAAACCAAAACGAAUGAUGCGGCGGGCCUACUGAUCUCGAUUGUGUUUUUAGUACAACAUGUUGGAACUGUCAAGUGGUAUGAAAUUGGUAAUCAGAGAUUCUGUUUUUGAGC